AUGAUCGCCAAGUUGAAUAAUGAGGGAACCUUGACCGUGAACGUGAGCGUGCUGUUGCUAAGUCUGGCGUCCCCGGACGAGUCCAGCUUGAAAUACGAGGUGGAGUUCCUGCUGCAGCAACAGUGGUACGACCCGCGGCUGCGUUACAGCAACCGCUCGCAGUACGAGUACUUGAACGCGAUCCACCAUUACGACGACAUCUGGCUGCCGGACACGUACUUCAUAAUGCACGGGGACUUCAAGGACCCCCUGAUACCGGUGCACUUCGCCCUGCGGAUAUACCGCAACGGCACGGUCAACUAUCUUAUGAGGCGUCACCUUAUCCUAUCCUGCCAGGGUAGACUGAACAUCUUCCCCUUCGACGACCCACUGUGUUCAUUCGCGAUCGAGAGCAUAUCGUACGAGCAAUCGGCGAUCACGUACGUGUGGAAGAACGACGAGGGAACGCUGAGGAAGAGCCCGAGCCUGACGUCGCUGAACGCGUACCUCAUUAAAAACCAGACAAUCACGUGUCCGAUCAAAGUCAGCUGGCGAGAAGCGAGAGGGCGGUCCGCCACCCGGAGCUACGACAGGACCGAACGAGAUCGUGACCUGCACCAACUGUGGACCUAAUCCUUGCACGCACACGGCCACCAACGGAUGCACCGCCGAGCUGAGGAAAAAGGAGCCGCCGCACCCGAUACGAGUGGCGAAGACGAUCGACGUGAUAGCGAGAAUCACCUUCCCGGUCGCGUACUUCAUGUUCCUCACGUUUUUCUUCAUCCACUAUAAGGGCACCUCGUAGACCGGCACCGGGAGGCGAUCGUCGAGAGGGAUCCCACCGUCGAUCAUCGGGACCGACGAAACCAGACUGUCCGUGUCUCGCGUCCCGCGCAAUUGCCGUGCGACACGUCUAUCAUCCGUCGCCGCUGCCUUCGACCGUCGGGCUCGGCGACGAGCUCAGCGGUGAAGAGAGAGAGAGAGAGAUCGGCCAACGACCGGGCCGACCGAAAAAAAACUGAACGCGACACCGAAAGAGAAAGGGGAACGAACUCUCGAUUAACGCAUCGUAUCGUAAUCUAACGAAUUGUAUCUCGUAUCUGCAUCGUAUCGCAUCGUAUCGCAUCGUAUCGGUGGAUUUAGCCUUUUCCUCCCUCGUCUUUACUCACCACACGCGAUUACGGUUAAGAGCACCACGUUUCCCGACGAUCACACGCGAGUAUUCGCGCCCGACGGUGAACCAGUGGAUGGAGAACCUGCUGCGAAGGGGCUGUGCGGGGAAGACGGGCGAAACGGACGCGCAGCGUAUCGGUUGCCGGGAACCUGGCACUCGUGACGUCACAGGGGCGGGUACAGUCGCCCCGGGAGAUCCAAUCGCGAGCGCGGAGACGAUCCUCCGCGCCCUCUGCCGGGCGACGCGAUUGGCGCGCGCGAGCGCACCAAUCAAUCACGCAUCGGAACCGGAGAUCCGCGCGAGGAAGGCGUGCGCUUUCGAAUCCGACCACUCGGACGGGAGUGCCAGGUUCGUUGCAAUGGACGGUACUUACAUACGCGACGUACACCCACAACACAGACACACAUAGACGUACACACGCGCUCGUUUCUUUACUUCUUUUCUUCUCUUGUCGGAGAUCUAGUCACGCUAAUUCGAGGACGCUUCUGACAAACUUAGCUAAACGAAUCAAACGUUCGUACGUAUACUUCUAUAUACACUCGCGCGAGGGACGAAGGAACGGUGUUACACACACACACUUACCCUGUCGUUAUUAAUCUCCACUGGCGUAAGGAUACAUAGGAGGUAAGGUCGAUGCAAGU